UCUGCCUGACAAAGUUGCUUUGACAUGCAGACGUGAUUAACAACAGCGUCAUGCUGCAUUUCAAACCGAGCUACAACGAGAAUGAAAGGAACGUUGGACAGAAAGGUGGAUGUUUGGAUAUGCGUCUAUACCGCAAGACUGGCUGAAGGCGUUUCACAGAGACUUGUGGAUAACCCACCGUUACUUUCCCCUGUGCGCCAUGCGCGGAUCACACUGAGCAUCCUGUAGAAUAGAGACGCCGGGGUUUACUUGUGGGAGAGGAAUCUAAAGGGCUGCUCGACUCCUUUGGAAAAUUACGUCUUGGGUUUUUUUGCAUCAUGCCGUGUAUUUCUGAAGUUUUGUGACGGGAUUUUCGCGGAAUCUCUGUGCGCAUGUAAGACUGACAUGAAUUACUUGGAUGUGGCUUCGUUAUCGUCUGCCCCCACUGCAGUACUCUUUUUGGCUGUAACUUGAAAAAAAAAGAACGAUUCUUUUUGCUGCGAAGACAUGGAGAGGGAGUACUGAAAUCGGAUUUCCACCCUUUUAAUCUGGAAUUGGAAGUAAAUGACAUUCGCCCCGGUUCAGUUAUACGGUUGUAGAUGCAGAACUGAACCGGAUAGCACACCCAGGUCCGGGAGAGUAAAGGGCAGGUGCGCUUUGGAGUCGGCGGCUGCGCGGAGAGACCGGGCUAGUGGAUUAGGACGGUACCUGUCUGUGGAGAGCGCGUCAUGCGGACUCGGAUGUCGCGCAUCAGAAGCCAUUAAAACCUGUAGGCUGGAUCUGACAGAUACGCGGAUAUGGGCUCUGCUCUGCGGCAUCGCUGGCUAGUGGUCCAACUCCUGAUGCAGGUGUGGCUGGCGGCAAAUCCAUCUUUGAGUGAGCGCCCAUGCCCCAAAAGCUGUCGCUGUGAUGGAAAAAUUGUCUACUGCGAGUCAAGCGCCUUUCGUGAUGUUCCCAAGAACCUCUCAGGAGGCUGUGAAGGCCUGUCUUUACGGUACAACAGCCUCGCCAGUCUUCGCGCUGGUCAGUUUGUAGGACUCAACCACCUCAUCUGGCUCUACUUGGACCACAAUUACAUUGCCUCUGUGGAUGGAAUGGCCUUUCAGGGGGUGCGCAGGCUCAAAGAGCUAAUCCUGAGCUCCAACAAGAUCACAUCACUUCACAACACCACAUUCCACCCCGUCCCCAAUUUGCGUAAUCUGGACCUGUCAUACAACAAACUGCAAGCCUUGCAGCCUGGACAGUUCCAGGGCCUACGGAAGCUUCUCAGCCUUCACAUACGCUCAAACUCUCUAAAAGUCAUCCCAGUGCGUCUGUUCCAAGAUUGCAGAAAUCUUGAGUUCCUGGAUCUCGGUUACAACCGCCUGCGCAGUAUCACUCGGAAUGCAUUUUCAGGUCUGAUUAAGCUCACUGAGCUGCAUCUGGAGCAUAACCAGUUCUCAAAGAUCAAUUUCUCUCACUUUCCUCGCCUCUACAAUUUGCGGGCACUUUAUCUGCAGUGGAAUCGCAUUCGCUCAAUGAGCCAGGGCCUAACCUGGACCUGGGUCUCCAUCCAGAAACUUGAUCUGUCUGGGAAUGAUCUGACAGAAGUAGAUCCCAUAGUUUACCAAUGCCUACCCAACCUGCAGACACUAAACCUGGACUCCAACAAGCUGACCAAUGUCUCCCAGGAGGUGGUUGAUGCCUGGAUCUCUCUGACCACAAUUAGCUUAGCUGGGAAUGUAUGGGACUGUGGCCCUGCAAUCUGUCCUUUGGUGGGAUGGCUGAGAAACUUCAGAGGGGCAAAGGAGACCACCAUGAUCUGUGCCUCCCCCAAGAAAGCCCAGGGUGAGAAAGUGAUGGAUGCUGUUGAGGCUUUUGGUGUGUGUCAAUCGAGCCUGGUGACAACGCUCACUGUGAGUGUACCUCCAACACCAUCCAAUGUCCCUGUGCAGACUGAGCAUCGCCCAGCCAUUCUGGCUUCACCCACUGGUUCUGGCAAGAGAGGAGAUGGAUCUGUAAGAGGCCCAACAUCAUCAGUUGUUACCCCACCUGUGGCACUUCCCCCAGAGCAAGACUUGGAGCCUGUGUCCUUCCACAAGAUUGUGGCUGGAAGUGUUGCCCUUUUUCUAUCUGUUGCAAUGAUCCUGUUGGUAAUCUACGUGUCUUGGAAGCGCUAUCCUAGUAGUGUCAAGCAGCUGCAGGAGCAUUCAGCAGCAGCCCGCAAACGCCGCAAGAAAGCUAGAGAGACGGAGCGCACCCUGAGCUCUCCACUGCAGGAGUACUAUGUGGACUACAAGCCCACCAACUCUGAGGCCAUGGAUGUGCUUGUCAAUGGAACCGGACCCUGCACCUAUACCAUCUCAGGCUCCCGAGAAUGCGAGGUCCCCCACCAGAUGGGUGCUCUGACCUUCUACCGCUAUGAACAGCCCAUCGUAGACUACUGCCAGGCCCAUCAACCCCUGCGGCUCAACAUGGGCUACGAAGGACCCCCACAGGGCCUGGAGGGCCUGGAGGACCUGGGACCGUGUGAUAGGGGCACUAUACAGACAGUGGCACUGCCCGCCGUGCCCUCCGCUGCCAGCAUAGGUGCCCCUAUGCCAGGGCCUCGCUCUCCUCCACCACCCCUCAGACCACCGACUGAAGGCCCCAGCAGCGGUCCUUUUCCCCCCACCGAGCGCACCGGCACACUCAAAUUUGGACGCUAGCGAGCCAAGCCAGGUUGUUAGAAGCUAGGGCCUUUGAUUUGCCGUGACUUUGAAAUGAAGGGGCAGGCGAGCUGGUUAUUCAGUGGGGCCUUGUUUUCAGAACAUGACUAUGUGAACUAGGACAAAAAUUUUCAGAUUCUGCCUGGAGGGAUUUGCCAUCUGAAAUACACAGUAGAGGUUGAGACAUCAUUGCUGAUCAUUCUGAUUUCUUUUUCCAAAGCACCUUAAUGAAAACAUAUCACCACUGACUCAUAGGAGGUAAUCCAGCAUAUGACAAAAAGCAUUACUUUGUUUCCAAAUCUGGUCUUUGCCAUAUCCCAUGUCAACAUCAUGGGGCUCCUGCUCACAAUAAUGGCAGUCCACUUAUGCUGAGACAGGAGUGAAAGGGAAAGUGCAAUAAACCUGAGUUCUCAAUCACAAAAAGUGAAAGCAGUAACAUUAAAAAGCGAUGGAGCUAGGUAUCAUGUGAAAUGCAGGAGGCUUCUUACUGUGAUAAUUAUUAAAUUUUCAUUCAGUAGUUGUUAAGAAAGGUAAAUCAAUUCCAUUAUUUCAUAAAGAUGAGUCAUUUUCUCAAGACAAGUAAUGACACAGUUUCUAUUUCUUUUAUUUAGCUCUUUUGUGUCUUUGGAUGUUGGAUUUCAUGCUGAAUUCCAUUAAUGUGCAUGUCAAACCAAAGAGUUUACUUCUAUUUUUCUUUUAAUGCACAUAUGCUACUUUAGCUGAGGGCAUUCUUAAAAUGCCAGUUCUACUAAACUAGCCUCUGCCAACCCACAUUCACAAUUACAGCCAAAUCUCCUGGUAGUCUCAGAUGGACUGAGCUUGUCUUUACAGAUUAACAAAGUCAUCAAGCAUUACAUUCAAGUGAGGUGGUGAAACAGAAAUUUUAAGAGUUAUUUAUCAUAAUAAUGUAUCUUCCCUGGUUCUCCCAACAUCAGUUUAAUUGUUAUCCAUGAUCUUGGUGAUGCUAUGAUCAACAUCAACCACACAAACAUUUUAAAAUGAGAUAUUAUGGCAUGUUCCAUAAAUUUCUUAAAGAUAAAGUACACUGGCCCUUUCCAUGUCAGAAUGGCAGGUCUUUGUAUAUGAUUAUAUCCCAGCUGAAUGAUUCACUAUGCUUUAAAGAGGUAAUCAUGGGGAAAAUUGUGUGGUAAAUUAAGUACAUUUGAAUGCAACAUAUUGUACAUAUUCUUAAAAAAGGUCCACUUUACUGAAGGUCAAACCACUCUCACUGCCCCAAACAGCUAUUUGAAACAUUGUUGAGUCAAUGUUUGACUUUCAUCACACUGGACAGUUUGGAGAGCACCAUCUUGCUGGGUUGGCAAAGCUCUGGCCAUGUGCUCCCGUCUCCCCCUCCACCACAGAGAACAACAGUGCCUAGUGGGAGCAUGUUGAACCAGCACGUUGACUUCUCUUUGACCUGCAUAUGAACCCAUGGACUGUACUGGGAAUAUUGCCUGACAUCUUUUUUGCCAGAGAGCGUGCCUGCGGUGCUGGACUUUACUGCACUCGGUAAUCCUUUGGCCACCGUGUGGAGCACUGCUAUUUAUUGACUUAUGGAGCUGAUGAAGACUUCAGAUACGGCUGCGAUGGCCUGUCAAAUAUCAUCUCCAGUUUAACCUAAGCAGUACACCGGGGUCGUUUUCUACAUGUCAGUGGUCAUACUCCCGGGAAACUCUCGUGGAAACUGUGCUUGGUCCUCCCACAGUGCAACUGAUUGAUCCACAGAUGAAACUGAGAGGGGCCAAAAUUCCCCACAAAAGUGGGUCUAUCCUCAAGAUAAGAGAAAAGAUAUAAGUCUUUUUUGUUUUGUUUUGUUAUUUUGUCUUUUUGGCUCAGAACAAAAAGAGACAGUUUUGAGGUGUUCACAGAUGAUGUCAAGAAAUUCUAUAAGACUAAUCAAAGGACAAAAUUGAAUAGAACUUAUUUAUCGUGUAAAUAGUGAAUCUUUAAUGAUGAAAAAAAAAGUAUGAACUUCACUUCUUCUGAAACACAAACUGCUUGUGACCAGAAGAGGAGCCUUAUUCACUUUCCAGUGGGAAUCUGUUACCAAGAUGACUCGGUGAAGAGGUUCCUACUGCAACGCUCCUGUUGUUUCAAUGAUAAAUAUUUUUCUAUCUGCUCCCGUCACUAUUCUACCAUUCCACCAUUAAAACAAGAGUUAUGUUACUGAGGUUAUUUCUCAAAUCUAAUCACGUAACCAAAUCACAUAAAAAAAGGGAAGAUUGGGAGGCCUGUUAUUGUGAUGUACUUCAAACCUCAUUGAGAUCCAUAUUUUCUGUUCUGACUUCAGAAGAGAGCUCAUCAUGCAGGAGGUGGCCACACAUGUUGUUAAUUGCAUCCCAGCCCACUCCUCUUGUUUAAGAAUUUCAAUUGCCAUUUUAAGGUCUACUCGGGGAGAAGAAGUGUGCUAUUCUUUGUACCAAGAGUUUAACUUGUGAAGGAUGUUCUUUUUGAUGUGCCAUUAUUUUGUUAAAUGUUUAACCAAAAACCAGCCCCAAGACAACAAGCAACCCAAAAGUCUUCAUGGUUCCAUGACUAAGAAGGGUUCAGUCCCCUUCAUGUACAGGACAUUGCAUAAAAAGCAGUUGAUUCGCUAAGUACGGUUGCUUAAUAGUGCUGGUGGAGUUUACUUUGUAAUAGCAGCUGUGCCAAUGUCUUUAUAAUGGGAGCUCUCUCAAUUCUCUCCAUGUAUUGUCUUGCCUUGCUCUAUAUCACCCCUGCUAACUCCUUGGCCUGAAUUUCAUGUCUGCCUCUUGGUGACUUCGGGUGAACCUUUUUAAUGAUGUUCUAUUUCUGUCCGCAUGCUGAUAUUUUGGGAAACUACACCCAGUUAGGGAGGAGCACUGAACCAGAGACAAACACAAGUACAGGAGAUAUAGCCACAUCUGGUGUGGCCUAAAACCAGGAGCACGUGUAAUGGACACCUUCACUAGUUUUUAAAGCAACUUGUUUGCUGACCCAUUCCUGCCCCUGUCUCGCCUAAAGUAGAAUUCCCUGGCACUAUAUAGGCUGUUGAGCUGAGAAAGAGGCUUGUGUUGGGCAAUCACUCCAGGGACAGACUUUCCCUUUAAUAGUCUCCUGCUAAACCCCAGUACCCCAUAUGUAGUAAUUACUUCAGCUUUCAGAACAGUGGUACUGGUUCAAUUCACUCUAAAUACAAUGAUCAAAGCUACUUUGCCCUUCAUGUGUAAUUAGAAAAUGCUAAUAAAAUUUGUGUAUGUUCACAAUUAAAUCAACUACUAAUAAGCAAUUGAUUAAUCAUGACUAGCUCCCUGAUAAAAUUGGAUAUGUUCAGUGGAAUGUUCGAAUCCUGCUGCCAGUAAUUAUUUAGUCUUUUGUCCAUUUCUUUUGCCAUCAGAGAGCUGGAAGCACAGGCACUGCAUGCUAAUGAUGCAUGUUUGAGCUGAACUCCAGGACCGUCUGCGCUAGCCCCGCAAUGCCAACAGGCUUUAUUUUCUCUUCUGCUUUGUUUGUUUAUGGUUUUGUAGACUCUGAGCUCCCCAUCCCCCCUUCACUCUUUGAGUUUGGGCUCAAGUCCACAUUGGAGCAUUUUUUAUUUUUCUUUUCCAUCUUUUUUUUCCCUCUUUUCUUAUUUGCUUGGGGUGGGGUGAAUAAAGGUCUGAAGAAUUGCAGUGAAAACUUUCAUAUUUCAGUGUUUAUGCUCAGAGGAAAAGCUAAAUGCAAAUCUCGAAGGGGAGAGGGAAAGCAGAGGAGGCGAGAGGGGGAGCCAGAGAUGCUGUACAAUGGGGAGGCUAUAGAGGGACAAAUGGGUAAGUGCAAGGACAUUUUAUUCUGUUACACUGAAGGCUUUGUGAUGUCUCUAAAUGUCCCAGGCAGCUUUAUUUCCACUGUAAGAAAUGACACAAACAGCUUUAGCCAAGGUCAAACACCCACAAGUCAUACACAUAACUAUUCUAUAGUGACAUAUGGUACACACAGACUAAACAAAAGGCAUACUUGAAUCUUCUAAGCUGUAUGUAUUAUGCAUGCUCACAUACAAACAAAUACAGAUACAUCCAACACUUACUUGAAUUCAUAAUUUAAACUAUAUUACCCAGAAUCUACUUUACCUUGUCAGUCUUUAACUGUAGAAACAAUCAUGCAUAAAUUCAUACACACAAAAGGGAAAAAAAAAAAAAAACAGGCACACACAUCCUUGAUAAAUGAUAAUAAAGCACUGCAGGUUUUGGCGCCCUCAUUCAUUCCAGUUCACCCAAGGCCAUCUGCAACGGUUCAGUAGGUUCUAAUCCAUUACCUGAUAAAUAGAUUUGAAAAAUUAAUUCCAAGCCAGACAUGGAUUUGCAGCUUUUCUUCCCCUGCCAUACAUCUGUGUCUUACUUGCAGGUAGCGCUGGGGCAUACCCAUACAGCACACACAGUCUUGACUCUAAAGAGUCAGCACAUAUACAUAUGAAUAGGCAGGCCAAGCAGGAAAAAAAAUAAAAUAAAUAAAAACCCUGAUGUGCCCCAUCUGCCACAUCAAGAUUUCCACUUUCUAUUUUUGUUAGUGUGUCAUUAGUGUGUGUGCAAAAUGCAAAGUGGUAAGAAUUAAUAACCUUGUCAUUGCUAAAAGGCAUAGAGAGAGACAGGAAGCCUUGCUAGUGAGUUAGCUACCCCGCAUGUACCCAGAAAGCCUGUGUGUGUAUGUGUGUGUGUGUGUGUGUGUGCGUGUGCGUGCACGCACACAUGCACACACAUGUAUCUAUUGCAGCACCUACUCCUCUACCUCCUCUGAACCAACCUCACCAUUACUAAUGUUCAGGCCAACCCGGUCCCCAUUGAUUGUUAUUUUUCCAUGCUGUUUCACAUUAGCAGGAAGUCUUUAACCUCUGACCCACAUUGUCCUGACUCUGUUUUUCUGUCAUUGCUCAUGUCAGAGGGGAAAGGGAAGGCAUGAUCAUUAACCUCGGUCGGUGAAAAACAGUUUUUCGUUUGUCUGACAAAGCCCGUUUACACCGUUAAUUAGAUUUAAUGUGAGCACCGCAGAAAGGAAGGUUUUUAUUUAAAUGGGCUGCAUUCCACUCCUGCAGUUGGCUCGAGAGUGCAGUGAGAGAAAGUGGAGAGAAACUGACAGACAGCAAUACCAGAAUUAGUCUUUUUUCCCUUGCAGCCUCAAAGCAAUUUCCCAAUUUUUUUUGCUGCCUCUUAAACGCUUUCCAUAUAAACCACAGGAUCCCUGCUGUCUCCUUCUCAUCCAUUUCCUGCAGAGAGCAUUGAUUUCUGUAGGGUGUAAAUAUGCGCUGCAUUGUUUUCUUUGGUAGUUGGUUUGUUGUUGAUUUUUUUCUUUUUUUAUUUGGAUUUUUGUUCUUUUUACUGUAUUCAGACCUUAAGCAUUUUUGUGGAGACCUGGUCCAAGCGCAAAAAUAUGGCUCUUCUUUGAGUAUAUUAUUGUCAGAAAAUGUUUUGUAAAAAUUUUGAUGAUGAUAUCAGAAAUAAACAUCUAAAGAUGGGAGUCGUGAUGUCAUGUUUACCUGAAUAUACUGCACUCUUACCUGCUUUAAGGGGAACUUUACUAUACUCAUCAACAUUAGUUAUCUAGUUAUGGGCAGCACUACUCAGCCUCUGAACAGUUAGUCAGGUAACAGUACAUUGUUUUCUUUGGUUCUGAUCUUCGGAGCAGGAGCCUGAGAAAGUAACUCAGAUGAUGUCUGUUAAUGGAAUGGAUUAUAAAUGUACUGAAAGACAUGUGGUCUAUUACAGCAGUGUUUUCAAGUUGCAGUAUUGGAAGUGUAUGCUACAGUGUUUUUGGAGCUACACUUUAACCUCAAAAACUUCUGUUUAUUUUAUCCCAUGCACUGUAAAAUCAUGAUGAAUAAACAUUAGUAUUAGCGUAAUUAGAUAAGUGUUAGAUUACUCAGAAGUGAUAAUGAGUUCACUUGACUAAAUGUACAAUGGAUAGUUUGACUCAAAAUUAAGUGAUUUAGAAGCAUUGUUGGCUUAUUCGAUUAUAUUUCCCAGCGUGCACUGUAUUAAUGAUGAAGUUCUCCAAUUUUUUGUCAUAUGAAAAAAAUAAUUUACAACACUCUCAUGCAUAAAACAGAGCAAUAAAAAAAACCCAGGAGCACCACAUUUCAUCUGGGACAUUUUUGCAGGCUUACACUGACUGAUGCAACAAUCCACAACUCUUCCAUCUCUGUUCUUUGAAAAUCUGUUGACCCCUCCAAAAUUCAUGGAAUCAUGCUGGAAAAGUGACAUAUGUUUCUCCAUCAUAAGGAUUACAUGGAUGAGAUGACCAGUCACAAGCAAAAAUGAUGACUUGUCACAUUCAGCAAUAUUUCAUAUUUUAUGAGGACCCUUAAUAAUGGAUUGAGUUUGAACCCAAGAGGGGGUCAGUGAUAGUGAUUCUUAAAACUACAAUAAGUCACUGAGUAGGUUACAGGAACAAAGAAAGUCCAAUCAAAUUAAAACAAAAGUCUCCCAAACAAGCCUGAUCUUGCUUAAUUAAAUUUGUAGCCUCAGUACAGGUGCUUUACAAUGCCAGCCUUUGGUGAUUUACCCUGAAAACAUUAAUGGUAAAUAAACUUGUCUCAUUGGUUCAUUCCCCAGUUGUUUCUGCACCCUGUUCAGGAUUUUACAAGCUCUGUGGUUUUUACAGAGAAUCCAGCUCUGUCUGUUUGGGAUGGAGCUCAGUUUUAGAUGUCUUAUAGCUGAAGCAGAUGCGAUUUCUUUAACCCGCAAGCUCCCUCACUGUCUUCUCAAUUCUCUGCUGUAAUUUAAGGAUUUUCUCUGCAAAUUAUGCCACAAUUAUAUCUGAGAAGAUUCAUUUCAGUCAUAGUAAGAUGUCCAAAAAUAUAUAAGCCUAAAUUCAGCUGGGUUGCACUGUAACUGACAAGUUAAAAAACAUUUUAACACUCAUUCGAGCAUCUAAACAAAUUCACAGUAAUGAGUGUAAUCUGGACCUUUCAACAACUGCAGGACUGCAAUCACAGGGUCCAAAGAGAGGGAACGAAAUCAAGCCCAGCAGUCUUCGACAGCCUGUGGUUAGUCUGACUAGGGAUUUCUCAAAAUAGCAACAUGAUCCACACAAAAAACACCAUAAGAACGAGGAACACAGUCCACGAUGUCAGACACAUCGUGAUCCGUGAUCACACUGGCAAUCCCCCUACAAUGUGUGAGGAGAUUGUCAUUCCCUGUUGCUGGGGUUUCUGUGGAGCUCCACUCAACAUAUUGGUGUUUUGAGACCUGCCAAGAUGCUAAGACAGUGCUUCAGGCUCAUCAAUAGUCUACAUACCAAAACAUCAGCUGAACUGUUGUGCCUGUGCUGUUAAGUGCAGCGAGGAGCAUACAUAAGAGCAACAAACAAAGCUUUUCAGUCAGAGAAAAAUUGUUUCACACAGUGUUAAGAUGGCCUAUAUGUCAAACAGGAACAGCACUCCAGCAGAGGGAGUUUAUUCCUCACCAUGAUGUAGCUGAACUUUGUUGAACAAAACAUCAGCUCCAUAAUAAGUCCUGUGGAUUUUGUUUUAUGUCUUUGGAAAAGAAACCAUCUUUUUGUGGUUGCAGAUGCAUGCCUCACCUGGGUCACACACAGACAGUUUGGCACAGCUCCAAAUUCUACACAAUUUUCUCGUGACUCUGUCAAGGCCAUGCCAUAGACAAAACCAGAGACAAAUCAUAGCAGCAGUGAAUUCAGAACACUUUAAUGCUAUAAAUAUGAACAAAAUGUUGCUUCAAAGACUCAGAAAUAAAACACGAAAAAGAACAUGAAUUAAAGCAACCCACCAAUGCAACUUAAUACUUGCUGAAUAUCAUGCAGAUGACUACUAGAAAUUUAAGUUUUCACCUUGCAACAAUGUGUGUAAUAGGAUACGCCAAUACAGCUUGACAAAACUACUUAGUGUGGUUAUAGGUAACCAUAGAGGGCAAUGUAACAAUGCUUUUCAGCCUAUUAUUAAGCUACUCUUUGUAUUUGGGAAAAUGGGGCCCUGAUCCAAAUAGAGAGCUUGUUUGAUGGCACAAAAGAUUCAAUAUUGACAUUAAAUUUAUAGUAUAAGGCCAGUGAGAUUCCUGCCACUGUACCUUCCUUCCAACUGAUGCACAGUGAAUCACCAAAAUUCUGAACAGGCACAGGCAAGGGGAGAAAAAAAAACCUUAAGAAAAUGCAUUAACAGUGGCCAGAUAACCUACAUUUCAGAUUUGACGUUUAUUUAAAACUUUUGGGAGACAGUGGCGGCAUACAAACGCUCAAAAAGUAAGCUUGACGAACACAGCUGACUUGUUCUGAGUGAACCAGAUACCCUCAGCUAAGGAGUACCGUCAGUGUCACAGAGACAGGAGAUCUGUUUGCUUCAGCCUGCUGUCACUUCAGAUGCACACAUCAUGCCAUCACCGCCUUGGAGUAACAUGACAGGCCUGCUCACAGUCCGGCUCACAGCAGUUUUCAGGGACAUGGGGUCUUGCUAUCUUUUACUUUUCUUCUCCGAUGAUCACACACCCUCUGGUAUAACGUCAACACAGUUGUCAAGAAAUUAUACAGUAUUAUUUAAACAUUUAAACCUGUAGCUAGGUAACCAUCACCUAGGUGACACUGCUCUCACAAUGGAUACUGUUAAUGACAUACAGUAACUUGCAAAUUUUAGAUCUGGGACAUACAGGAAUUGUAUUGUUUCAUUUAUGAUUCAACAUUGCUUAUCGUAAGCUGAACUAUUGACAUUUACCCUUU